AAUAAUUACUUGUCGUGUUUUUAAAACAAAAUUAUCAUGAAGUUUAUAGAUUUGAUGUUUACCAUUUCAAAUUUAUUUUUAAUGCCUUUUUCAUUCAACAAAAUGAUAAAAAUUGAAAAAAAUCAGCAAUUUUCGUGUAAGGUUCUCAUUCCCGUGGGGUCAGCAACCGCAAAACUCGGAGGGCUCCUCUGGGGCUGGUUGCUAGGUGCAAAAACAAAUAAGGGAAAAAUUAAGGCCUAGCAGCCAGCCCAGCUGUGGCUAUGGACCAGUUCCUACUGAAAUGGAACAACCACCAGUCCAACUUUGUUGACGUCUUCGGCCAACUGCUGGAUCAGGAGGCCUUCACGGAUGUAACUCUCGCGGCCGAGGGGCGCACCUUCCUCGCCCACAAGCUGGUGCUCUCGGCGUGUUCGCCCUACCUGCGCGAUAUCCUCGAGCGGAACCCCUGUAAGCACCCGGUGGUUUUCCUGCGGGGAGUGUCGGCGGCAGAACUGCACCUGCUGCUGCAGUAUAUCUACAGAGGAGAGGCACAUGUGCGACAGGAUCAGCUGCCCGACCUGCUCCGCACGGCCACUGACCUCCAGAUCAAAGGUCUGGCCAGUGUAGGCGGCGGCAGCGAGCCGCGGCCCGGCGCCGACCCCGACCUCCACCCGUACCCCUCUCCGCCUCUGAGUACACCCAGCAAGGGCCCGCCGGCGGCGCUGCUGACCGAUGGCGGCGCGCGGCCGCUGGCGCUGAGCACUGCGCUAAGUAUGGGGGUCCCACCGCCGCCGGCAGUACUGGAUACACUGAGACUGCCGCUGCUCAAUAAGCUGGGAGCGACCACCUCGGAACGUGAGUCGGCGCCCCAGGACUCGCCUCGCACCACGCCCGAGGAGGAAGAUGAUACGUCCGAGGAUGGAGCCAUGCCGCUCAUCACAUCGAUUAAGACGGAGGAAGACGAGGUACAAGGAGAAACGUCCAUGGCUACCGACUCGUGUCCGGACUCUGGUGACAGCAGCUCGGCAAGCGGCGGCGCCCAGGCGCCCAGUCCGGCGCCCCCGGCGCCCCUGACCACGGGCGCCCGUCUGCUCGGAGGGGCGCCGAUGGAUUCCGGUGGCAUGGAUAACGCUCACAUACAGAGUCUGAUCGCGCAGCUGGCAUCGCCCCGGGCGGGCACCGGCGGAGCCAAAAAGGGUCCCUACACGUGCCGCUACUGCGGCGAGACCUUCAAAGCCAAGGAGCACCUGAACCGUCACGAGCGUAUCCACACGGGCGAGCGUCCGUUCCCCUGCGUUCUCUGCGGCAAACGGUUCAGUCGGAAGGACCACCUCAAGAUCCACGUGCUGAUCCAUACCGGCGAGAAGCCGUACAGCUGCACCAUGUGUAACAAGCGCUUCACCCAGAAGCAGACGCUGAUUGAGCACGAGAACGUGCAUCUGGGGAGGAAGCCGUUCAGAUGCGAUCUCUGUGACGCUUCGUUCCCUGCCAGAGGUAACCUCAAGUACCACAAGCGGAGUGUGCACGGGUGCGCGCUGAACACCCCGGCUUCCCGGAGCACCCCGGCUAUCGAGACGGCGUCCGAAUAGCGCCCCGGAGAACCCACCGGGUUUUCCGAACCGCCCGGAGAUACACGGACUCCGGGAGGACCGCAGGAGACCGGUGGGACGCUCCGGGGCCGCGGAGACGCCCGAGAAUCCUGGUCAGAGAUGGUUCUCAGAUGAGAUCCUACUGGGUUCUUAGAUGAGACUGUAGAGGGUUCUCAGAUGAGACUCGUCAGGGUUUUCAGAAGAGCUGGCUGAGAUCUCUCAGAUGAAAUCUCACUGGGUUCUCAAAUGAGACUCUACAGGGUUCUCGGGUAUGUCUCAGCCUCUGGUUGACGUCGGGAGUUUGAUCCGUGUCAGGUUUGAUGGUACCUGGGCAUGCCUGGAUGUGCCGGGAUGCAUUGACUUUACUGGAUCCCUGUGGGGUCGCGGUGGAUCCGCCUCUGGAUCCGGUAUCGGGAUCCAGCAGCUGCCGACUGGGACACUGCUGGCGGUGCGUUUCCAAGUCGAGCGCUGUGACUUCAAACGCAAACUCGCGUACACCCCUACAAACACACAUACAAACAGAGACAAACUGGCGGAAUUGGAGCGACCCCGCUGAGCGGCGGCUCGCAGGUCCACCGGCCCACGCUGCGCCGUAGAUUCGGCCACGUAGCUGAGCGUAGAAAUCACCCCGUCGUGAUUGCUAUGAUACAGACCCACGGUUAUUUCAAGGGCAGGACAGCAGGCAUUAUAUACUGAGGUACAACAUUUUAAGGAGGCUUUUCGUUAGCCUCGUUCGCGGCGAGCGAACACGUCCAGUCGGCUGGCUCCGGCCGGGACGCGAUUCGGUAGAGGUAGUUGUAGUAUUUGUAUCUUUUGCGGGGACGUAGUACAAUGUCGCGGAGGUUCGCGCGCCGCGUGAGACGCGAGCUGCGCGCUCUCCUCGCAUCCGGCGUAGAUCUGGGCGAGAUCGGCACAGCAUUGGCGAUUGGAGCCCUCGCGCGCGUGAAUAAGCGCUUCCAUACUUAGGUAGAGUUUAUGCUUGAGUGGGUAGGACAGGCACAGUUAUGUUUAAGAUGUUUAAGAGCAGUUAAUGUGUGGAUGUGGUGGGGGAUUUUUGAGAGAGGUGGGGAGGUGGAUUGAGAGCAUGAAAGUAUGUUGGAUUGUGGUUAUGUUUAAGGUCAAGCUAGCUAGGUUUUAUUGAAAUGCUUUUGUGGCGUUUCAGUUAGAAUGCCUCGUGUCACGCGUUGUGUUAAGCGUGAGACCUGGCAGGGCACAGAUUGCGUUUAGGAAGAUCCGGGCAGGUUAACGCACGUGAGAACGUUUAUCGCGAGAGUUUGAGUCAUUGCUUCCACGCGCGGUUUCGUUUUAUGACCCUUCGCGUCGAUGGAUUCCCGCGGGCAUACGAUUAUUGUAGUCGCUAGGCAUUGGGCGGAGGCUGGUACACGUUCCGGCUCACCCCGCGCUCCCCGAAGGUGCUCGAUCGAACAGUGCGUGCGCGCGCGCUGCUCUGCAAUUUCGUAAAGCUUUAUUCCGGUCGGUUUGCGUGUGUGCAAUGAGAGAGUGGGUAGACAUUCCACAGUUUGUUUGGCUGCGAUGGUGACGGCCAAACGUGAAGCCUUCCUUCUUGUUCGCGUGGUAUUCUGGUUAUCUGCAAAUUGUUGUCGGCUCGCGGACUUCUGGUGGCGCUCUUUUCUCUAUUUACCUCCCCGGUGGCUGAAUGCGUAUCCCAGCAACCAUACACAUUUCCUUUGAAGAACGAAUGUACAAUUGCCACCAACAAAUCGACAACAUUACCGCUACGCUUCGUGAAAUUCCCCUCCAUAUCAGUCGCAUUUUCUUACUGUCGGUUCUUGCGUGUUUUUUUUUUCACCUCACGGAGGGUCCCGAAAACUGGUCUAUUGACAGCCACUGUUCACGUUUACACUAAGCGUGCCUUGUCGCUGUGUGCUUGUUUGUCUGCCGUUUCCUGCUCGUCCGCCGUUCCCAGCUCGCUGCGCCGUUUUCUGGUUUUUCGUUUCCAGCUCGCUCGCCCGUUUUUUCGUUGCUCGUUUCCUGCUUGAUCGACGAAGUGCCGUGCUUUGUCCAAGUGCCUUGCGUAUGAUGUUCUCGCAACGUAUACUGCUAAGGUCGCCGAUGUAUGGGCAAGUUGAAAUGAUUGUGAAGAGUGAUGUACAUCUUCCGUGGACAAGAUGUGUGUUGAUCCCUUUCUUGUGUGUAGUUGCUUGUGUUUGCUAUGGGGUGUCUGAUGUGAUGUUGCGAUGUCUGCAGAUUUUGUGGAUGUCUGGAUGUCUCAUGCAGACAUAUCAGUAUGUCUGAUGUUUGCCUGGAACUGUGGUUCAGACAUGUGUGUAUGAUGGUUGUCUAGAAGUCUGGUUCAGACAUGUUUGUCGGUUUUGAGUGUAACUGGUGGUACCUACCUUCGGUCGUCUUCUGCCGGAUAUCGGAAACCGAGGGCGUGUCUGCUCUCCUUGUCCCGUUACCUCACUCGCCACCGUUGCCCCAUACCGCUCAAUGAGACCUCUCCUUGCGCCGGCCCAGGUCACACUUCACCUCACGACUGCGUGCGGUGUGUGGUGGCAGGUCGGGUGUUCCGAGUUUUAUCCCUCAGUCGUCAGACCACCACACGUCGGUUUUGGCGGCGUUCGAGUGCCUUACCAUGUCUUCCCGGGACCUAUUCCCCUGUUCAUGGGUGACCUCAAGUCUUUUUUGUCCGUGUGUCGAGUGUUGAUUGUUGAGCGAGUUUGUUGUAAUUUUGUCCGACCCAAAAGGAUUCGCUGUGCGUUCCUUCAACCCCAGAGUCAAUCAUUUUUACCGAAACCUUUACGACGUUGAGUGACUGUGUGAUGACGGAGUGAUGUUGGAUCUUCGUUUUCGAAGCGGGGUGUGAAUGUUUGCUUUGCGUGGAAGUCUGAUUGGAGACCAUAUGUAUAAGUAUAAUUUACUUUGAUAUCCAUCGUGCGAGUUAGGGGACGGGCAUCCCAGUCUGAUUUUUAUGCGUGUUUGUAAUGAGUGUGAUGCUUUGACGCGCCUCCGAUGUGCCUCUGGGGUCAACUUGACCCUGCGAGGUCAACCGGGACUUCGAGGGGUCAUCGGCGAUGCCUCCGAGCGUCGGUAGUUGUAUUUUUACGUUAGUCACGUGCUGAGUUGAACCGCGGACCUCUUUUCAAAGAUACACACAUCGCCAGUGUGAGAAACCAAUCUUGCCUGCUCAACGGACGAGCGCAGGUCGCUCGACCGCUCCGGUACUCAUCAGCGUCCCCUGUGUCGGCCAAUUCACCCCUCCACCCCACCCCACCCUCACAAUCUGGUGCCUGGCGCACGAGCUCACACAAACACACACCGGUGCCGGCGCUGCGCGCGGGCGCCCCCGGCGAUGCAACAGUCUGAACACCGCUGAUGUUUUACGGAUGACUUGUUAUCUGUCUGAGGUGAUUUGCACGAUUUGUGUAUCAUUGAUUCGGCGAGUGUGUAUCUUGACGAGCAUAUAUCACGGUAAUGACUGUACGAAACUAUGGUAGUCAAUAUACCUACAUGCAUAUAUUACUCA